UCAUUGGAUUUAAUGGGGAUCAUAUCUCAGUACCUGCUAACCAAGCUGGUGAGUUUGUCUCUUGGAGAUGAUGGUGUGGAUACUGUUGAAGAGGCUCUUUCAUGGAUUCCUCUUCUCGUUGAUUCUCAUCGGGUGUCCAGGGCUGAGGUCAUUCUCGAGGUCCGGACCAAAAGAGUCAUCCUGAGAGACGCAAACUACCAGGAGCUGGAAGAGUUUUUGGUGACGUCCCUCCUCCGCUGUGAAUGCAUAAACUUCCCAUCACUCCAUCAUCAUCCUCAUCAUCAUCUUCAUCCUACUCCUACUCCAGCUCUUCUUCUGCUGGUUUCUCAGAGCUGCACCCAGAAGAAACCGAGCGUGUAUUUCUUCAGCUGUGAAUCCAUCAAAGCCGAGCGCAUUAGAGAUGACAUCAAGCGAGCUGUUUCGCAUUACACAAUCCCAUCCAGCAGGUCUUCGGAGUUCAGUAUGGAUAUUUCAGGAAUACCCAGCCCUCCGUACACCCAAGCCCCAAAUCCACCCGCAUCCCACCCGCCUCCACCUUACCCAGGCAUCAGAGCUAAUGGAUUGGUAAACGGCCAACCUGAUAAAUCUUUCCUUAAGGCUCAGAUGGAGGUGGACAUCCUCAAUCAUUGUUUUGAUGACAUCGAAGCGUUCAUCGGAAAGCUGCAGCAGUCAGCAGAGGCUCAGAUCAUCCUCGACCAGAGGAGCAAAAAGAAGAAGAAAAACCAGAAGAAAAGUGCAGAUGAGGAUCUUCUCACGGCUAAAGCCAAACCGCCUUCUGAGAGAGAAUUUAUUGACACUUUCCAGAAAUUCAAAUACUGUUUGGGCCUUUUGGCACGGUUAAAACCAGCCAUCUCCAAUCCAUCCGCUGAGGAGCUCGUGCACCACGUUUUCAAACCUCUUGACAUGAUGGUGAAGGCCACAGGAGGUCCUGGCUUUGCUGCGUCCGUUUCCAGUCCGGCAAUGACAGAAGGAGCCGUGAAUCUGCUGAAGAACAACCUGACGACACAGGAAAAUGCAUUAUGGCUCUCUUUAGGGCCCAACUGGACACACCAAAGGUCUGCCCUGCGGAGCCCGGUGGCACCAUAUACACUGCAGUUUCAGGACGGCUGGAAGCCUCAGGGUUCAGACGCCACAGGCUGGAUCGAUCCUAUAGAGUCAGAACACAAACACGACGCAGAGAUCGCUAAAGUAGAGCUGACACCGGCUCCUGCUUCUGAACGCCACGCUGCUCCUGUUCAGACAUCAGAUCAACCUGAUGGCGAUGUGAAUGGGCGCAUAUUUCGCUGCAGUUAUGAUUUUGUUGCAAGAAACAACAGUGAGCUGUCUGUACUUCAAGGAGAGACACUAGAGGCGAUCGAGUCAUCUAAGCGCUGGUGGAAGUGUCGUAACAAGUUUGAUGAAGUGGGAUUCGUGCCGUUUAAUAUCCUGGAGCCGAUCACACACAUCGACAACCCUGUGCAAAACAAAACUCCAAAGCCUCCCGCUGCUCCGCCGAUGUACAACACUCUGCCCGGUCCGUCUGCUGUGAGCUCUGAACCCGGCGCUGCUCGGCCUCGCAGCAUGAUCAUCCCAUCAGGCCCUGAGGACACGGAUAAAGUGAUGCAGGUGAAUGAUGAACUGCUGCAGCGUUUGACCUCUGGCAAGAAUCUUUCUCCUCGACUGGUCAUCCAUCGUUCAACGGACACGUCCGCCCCGCUGGACUAUAACUCACCGCCAGCAGAAGUGGAGAACUGGCUGCGCAAGAAAGGCUUCAGUGAACCGACUGUCCAGUGUCUGCGUGUUCUGAAUGGAGCUCAGCUUUUCUCUCUGAAUAAAGAAGAGCUGCGUGCUGUGAUUCCUGAAGAGGGCGCCAGAGUCUACAGUCAGCUGACUGUACAGAGAGCGCAGAUAGAGGACGCUCACAGAGCCUCAGAGCUGGAGACGGUGAUGGAGAAACAGAAGAUGAAGGUGGACCUGAAAAUGGAGAGCGGAACUUUAUGAAGAUCUGCUGAAUGAAUGUACACACAGACUAAUAUUCAGAUACACACCGUUUAUUUGAUCAUUUACUUUACAGUAGUCUGCUUUAUGAAUUUGUUGUUGUUUAAUUGCAUGAAAUGACAGUUGUAAAUCUGCAAUUAUGCAUAAUGGAAUAAUAUAUUACUAAUUAAAAUUGUAAUGCGCAAACAUGAAACGGUGAAAGUUCUC